UUCGUUAUUUGGACGAUGUCGUCGCGGUUGUCUCCCGAAGAGUGGGCGCAGUUCGAAGGGCUUGGAGGCGGAAACCCCUCCAGAAUAAGGCGAGAGCUGUCGAUUCGGCCGCCGCGAGGAUCAGAGCUAGUAGAAGCGAUGGCGCUGAGCCCCCGGACCGCCGCCCUUCAUGGCGUCGCGCCGCUUCCUCGCUUAAGGCUCCCCUCGUUGACUUCCUGCGGCUCCCGUCGCGUGAAUGUCCGCGCGAAAGUAGAACCCUCUGAAAAGUCUGUUGAAAUUAUGAGAAAAUUCUCAGAGCAAUAUGCCCGUAAGUCUGAGACAUACUUCUGCAUCGAUAAAGGAGUCACCUCUGUUGUUAUCAAGGGUCUUGCUGAUCAUAAAGAUAUGCUGGGAGCACCAUUGUGUCCAUGUAGGCAUUAUGAUGACAAAGCAGCUGAAGUAGCACAGGGAUUUUGGAAUUGCCCAUGUGUGCCUAUGCGAGAGAGUGCUAGUAUUGGCUGGCGGCUGAAUUUGUACGGUACCGGUUUGCCUGCUGUAUCAAUACUUAGCACAGAGCUACUGCUUGGACCAGAGAGAAAGAGAGAGAAGGAAGACAGUGGCAGAAAUGAUGACUGUCAUUGCAUGAGAGAAAGAAAGAGAAUGCAUCAGGAGAGAAUGAAAGAGAAAAAACAAUAAAAGACAGCUAUCAUGCUGGCAAAAUUAAUGAAGUGUCUGGGUGGUAGGCUUACUGUCUGAUACACCCAGUUCCAGCUGUAAAAUUUGGGCGAUACACCCGAUAUGGUGAACCUUCCUGUAUGAACUGGUAUCGGGCAAACCCAUGGUCCACAUACUGGUUUUUGAUCACCGAUAAAUAUCUGCCUGUACCAUUCAAUAUAAAUAGGUACCGAUCAAACCUGUAGUCCAUGUAUGAUUCAUGAUCUAAUUGAUAAAUACCAGAUUGUAUCGACUGGUGUGUCCAGUUUUUAGUACCUGUGGUAUACGAAGAGACCUACAUAUAUGUAUAUGUAGUUGUACACUGAAUAUCCCAGAUAAAUUGCAUUUUUUAUUUUUAUUUAAUGUCAUUGCUACCUUUUGUCAUUAUUUUCCGAAGAAGCUGAGUAACUUCUUACUGGUUAUGUUCUUCUUUAUGGGGAUCAACGUAAAGUAAUAUUUUUUUGUCAGAUUCAAAUGUUCUGAAUACAUUCGGUUUCAUGAUUUGAUUUCUUUGUUGUUCACGAGACGUACUUUCAUGACUGAACUUUUAGAAUGCUUAGAAAUUCAGUAACAGUUCUUAACUGUAACUUAGAGCAUUUUGUUACACGAGAUGUUUAGUUUUGCAUGUCUGAGUAUCGACUAAUUUCAGUGGUGUCACAUGUUGUUUUCUUACAUCCUUUAGCAGUUUAUUUAAUUGAUUCAAUGUUUCCUUGGUCUACGAGAUUAAUGUGUCAUACUAAUUCUUUUUACAUCUUAUAAUCA